GAAACUAGCACAUCAGGAGUUCAUUUUCUAUCUUAGCACUUCUGGUGCUCCUUUGAACUCCUCGCACCAAACCCGUGUUCCCACUCUGUCACUUUCCUCCCUCCAUCAUAAAAAGGUCUCGGCAGCCGGCGGCUCCAGCCUUUGCUGGUGGACAGAGGGCAUCGCUUCUCCCCAGUGCUCCUCCAGCAUGGACAAAUUGCACGAGACAUUGAUAAACAUGGAAGAUGCUUUGGGUUCGGAACACUCCGCCUGCUUAUCAUCCUGGGACUGGAAAAGCUCUGCUGGGUCUUUCGAGCUGCACCCCAUCUCGCCCCCGCACAGCUUGUCCCCGACGCCCUCCUUCGAGUCCUACUCCUCGUCCCCUUGUCCGGCGGCAGCAGAGACCCCCUAUGGCAGCGGCGGCAGCGGCCUGGUGGGAUACGGCCUGGUGGACUUCCCCCCCGCCUACCUGCCCAGCCCCGGGCAGGCCCGGCUGCCCAAGGGCACCAAGGUGCGGAUGUCUGCCCAGCGCAGGAGGAAGGCCAGCGAGAGGGAGAAGCUGCGCAUGAGGACCUUGGCCGACGCGCUCCACACGCUGCGCAAUUAUCUGCCCCCCAUCUACAGCCAGCGGGGCCAGCCCCUCACCAAAAUCCAGACCCUGAAGUACACCAUCAAGUACAUCAGCGAACUGACCGAGCUCCUCAACAGCGUCAAGCGGGUGUAGAGCCCGCUGGGAGCAGCCGCCGUGGCACGCUCAGGGUCUUUACAAACAAAAAACCAUCGAAAUUUCUUCCUCGUCGUGCAGUGGGGCAGGGUGUGAGAGAAGGACAGCGCAAGGGAAGGGGAGCCACCGCUGUACGUGGGACGCAAUGCUGGAAGGUGAUGUAGGAUUGCCUGAAAACCUGAGCUGCAGGUUGCUGAGACAGAAGCCUUGCUCUUUGCCGUUUUUUUAUUUUACUUUUUUUUUUAAAAUAAGCUUUUGAGAAAUAUUAAACCUAGUCUGAUACAAAAGUAAAAAAAAAGCCAACUGAUCUUCCUAGGAUUUACAUAUCACUGUUCUGACUGAUCUUAUUUUAUAAGGACAAUAGUAAAUCCAUAGGUGUUAAACUGCAUUUUAAAAAAAUGACAACUUUGUAAGAAUACUAAGUGUAUUGAUUUGUAGGCACUUUAAUAAUAGGAUAAGGAAGAACAUGUAUUUAGUUCAAGUAUUGUCUAUUUAUCCAUGUUUCCACUGUACCUAGAAAUCAAGAAAAUAACUAAUAGUGAGAACAUCUUUGCAUGUAAACAAAUAAAUAUCAGUGUCAUAGUCUGUAUCCUGUAUUAUAAAUCUGAUUGAUAGAUAAGUAAAAUCUAGUGAUGACUGCUAAAUAUUGCAAAUGGAAUAUAAGCAAACUGACAUUUUGUAUAAAUAAAUUGCUGUUAACUCCUCUCUUUAUUAAUAUAUACAGAAGUAUAUAAUUUUUCUGUAUUUAAUGUGUAA